AAAAAAUACUUUUAUUAUGCGUUGUUAUAUCUUCGUUGUGGAUUCUGGGUUGAUGUCGUUUUUUUUGGCGUUGCCAUUAUUUGUUCUGAAGUGAUUGAUUUAUCCAUUGUAUGGAUUUUUAUUGUGCUUAAUUGUGUCUUAAUAAUUAUUGAAGAUUUACCUCAAUUUUGGGUUGGAGGCAGCCCAUUUUUGCUUUCGUCAGCCUCUUUAACGAUUGUAUUAUCAAUGGCGAUGCAUAAUAACGAUGAUCAACUGACGUCACCUCAGUCAUCUUUGGAUUGCGCUAUGCGCUCGUUUGAGUCUUUGCGUGGUAAUCGGCACAAGGAGGAGUUGUGUUUCCAGGCAAGUGAGAUGCCCACUGCUCACAUUAUGGCAUUGGAUCAACUGAUACAGUACCAAUGUGCACAUUUGGAGAAGCAGCUAGUUGCUUUACGUGUGAAGCGCGAGUUAUUGCAUCGUGGCAAGACUGUGUUUGUGUCUCUAAAUGAGCUUGUUAGUGAGGAGUGUUUAGAGGCUGCUGAGGAUUUGUUGAGUUCUUUUACAGCGAGUACAUCUCAAGAUUCCAGUUCGGAGCACCCAUACACAUUAUCGCGAUCUCGGACAGUUGGUGAUGAGAUAACUCACAUUAUUGACUCUAUGGACACUCAAUCUGCGAAUGACAACAGUUUUGAUGAGAUUAUGCGCAAGGUUCAGCUGAUGACUGAAGAGAGUGAUUCGUCAGUUUCUACUAAGGCACCUCGUCGUUCUGUUACCCUUCCUGAAGGUUUACCUUCUUGUCAAGUUGGUGCUGACGUUCAGUUGAUGCUACAUUUACAGGGUAUUUGCAAGCCUUGUGCUUUUUAUUACAACAAGAAGAAAGGUUGUCGCAACGGCAAUUCUUGUGGCUUUUGUCAUCACGAAGACCACUCUCUGUCCACUUUAAAGCAAUGGAAGAAGCAGCAAAGGCUGUAUUCUCAGAGUGGCAGCUUGAGUUGUGAAAAAUUGGGAGAAAUAUUGAAUCCCAACCUUGCACCUCAGUAGCUGGGUGUGU